CACGUGGCGUGACGUAGUAGUGAGUGCGACGCAGUGCAAGAAGCAGGGUACCGAAGGUCUGGCCGAAUUCCACCAGAAUCAUGGUGAAAUCUGGAAAACUUCGGUCCGGAGCCGCGCAGAAAAUUAAGCGCUGGAAGAAGGGCCACAGCAGCGAUUCCAACCCCCAGGCAAACCGACAUCGACAAGCUGCGAAAAGUCGUUUUUUUAGCCGUCCGACAGAGAAAAGUGACCUGACCGUAGAUGCGCUCAAGCUCCACAAUGACCUGCAGUCAGGACCCCUGGAGACGGGCGAGGGUGGCCUGGGAGAUGCCUGCGCCAUGGAGGAGCCCGCCUUCUCCGAGAGGACUUCCGGAACCUUCCUGAGCGGCCUGUCGGACUGCUCCAACCUCACCUUCCGGAAAGUUCAGCGCUUCUGGGAGUCCAACUCUGCUGCCCACAAAGAGAUCUGUGCUGUUCUGGCGGCUGUCACAGAGGUGAUCCGGUCCCAGGGUGGAAAGGAGACGGAGACGGAGUACUUUGCAGCUUUGAUGACUACCAUGGAGGCAGUGGAGUCCAGUGAGUCUUUGGCUGCAGUGGCUUACCUCCUGAAUCUCGUCAUGAAGCGUGUGCCCGCUCCGGUGCUGAUCACGCGAUUCUCCGACACGGCGAAGGUCUUCAUGAGCGUCAUGUCCUCGCAGGCCAACUCAGACUCUUCCUCUGCUCUGCGCUGGGUCAUCUCGUGUUUGGCCACCUUGCUGCGGAAGCAGGAGUUGUCCGUGUGGAGCUUCCCCUCCACCCUACAGCUGUACCACGGCCUGCUGAGUUUCACUGUGCACUCCAAACCCAAGGUGCGUAAGGCUGCCCAGCAAGGCGUCUGCUCCAUCCUGAAAGGCAGCGACUUCCUGUUCGCCAGCUCCGCCCCCACGCAUCACCCUGCUGCCGUGACGACGGCCAAGUUCUGCGUCAAAGAGAUUGAGGACGCUGGAGGCAGUAAAGAGGACACCACCACCCUGCAUGUGCUGGGGCUGCUGAAGGACCUGCUGUCGGCGUUCCCGCUGGGCGCGGUGAAGUCCUGCUGCGAGACCCUGCUGCGCGUGAUGACUCUGAGUCACGUGCUGGUGACUGCAGGUGCCAUGCAGGCCUUCCACAAGCUCUUCAGCUGUAAACUCAAUCCCAGCAGCCUCAGCGCCGAGCUCAACGCACAGAUCAUCACCGCUCUGUACGAUUACCUGCCCAGCGAGAACGACCUGCAGCCCCUGCUGGCCUGGCUGGCCGUCAUGGAGAAGGCCCACGUUCACCUGUCCAGUCUGCAGACCUCUCUUAGUUUCGGACACCUCCCUCGUCUCUUCUCCACGGCCAUGUCCUGCUUGCUGUCCCCACACGCACAGGUCGUCUCCACGGCAACGCAGACACUCAAGACCCUGCUGACCGAAUGCGUCGCCCCACACGUGGCCGAGAUUGGGCAGGUCACGUCCACCGCCUCCACUGGCCACGCCCCCUACAUAUGCAAGAUGUUCCGGACCGUGGAGGAGGGGCUUAUGUACCGUUUCCAUGCCUCCUGGCCCUUCGUCUUUCAGGUCCUGGGCUGUUUCUACAGGGUGGCGGGGAAACAGGCACACCCAAUCAUGACAAAGAGCCUGCAGUCGCUCGCCGAUCUCCGCGCCACGCCCCGCUUCCCCUUCUCCGGCGAGCUGGACCUGGCGUUCGGCGGCGCCGUGGAGACCAUGGGGCCGGAGCUGGUCCUGGCCGCGGUGCCCCUGCAGAUCACCGGCACGCAAGACGACAUGGAGUUCCCCCGCAGCUGGCUGAUCCCUGUGAUUCGCGACCACGUGAAGAACACGCAGCUGGCCUACUUCACUUCCUACUUCCUGCCCCUGGCCGUCACCCUCCGGCAGAAAGCUGAGGAGCUGGAGCAGGCGGGGCAGAAGCUGGAGGCCAAGGUUUACCAGACCCUGCAGCUACAGAUCUGGACCAUGCUGCCCGGGUUCUGCUUGAAGCCGACCGACCUGACCGUGGCGUUCAAGGGCAUCGCCCGGGCGCUGGGCAUGGUCAUCAGCGAGAGGCCCGAUCUCCGCCUGACCGCCUGCCAGGCCCUGCGCACCCUCAUCACCAAGAGCUGCGAGACGGAGGAGGAAAAGGCUGAAGUCCGUCGCUUUGCGAAGAACUUCCUUCCCAUCCUGUUCAACGUGUACAGCACACAGCCCGCCCCGGGAGAGAGCGCCCCCUCCAGGAUGGCUGUGCUGGAGACUGUCAAAGUCUACCUGACCAUAACCGACCAGGAGAUGGUGUGCACGUUCCUGCAGAAGGCCACGGAGAAGCUGUGCGGUCCAGACAACAGCGAGUUCACACGGCUGUCUGUGAUGGACCUGAUAGUUGCCAUGGCGCCGUUUGUGGACGAGGCUACGAUGACUAAGACCUACGAGCUCAUGAAGCCUUACCUGGAGAGCAAGGAGUCGGGGGUGCAGAAGAAGGCGUACCGCGCGCUGGAGGAGAUGUGUGGCGGGGAGAGGGAGGCCUGCCGCGGGUUCGUCCUGUCCAACCUGGAGCCGCUCAAGCAGGUCCUGCUGGGCUCGCUGAAGAGCGCCGCCUCGCCCGCCAAGAGGCCCAGGCUGAAGUGCCUGAUCCACAUCGUGAGGCAGCUGAGUGCCGAGCACACAGAGUUCAUCACGGCCCUGCUGCCCGAGGUCAUUAUCUGCACUAAGGAGGUGUCCGUGGGAGCUCGUAAAAAUGCUUACACUCUGCUGGUGGACAUGGCCCGCGCUUACAUCCGCUUCUUCAGCACCCCCGAAGAGGCGCUGGAUCAGUACCUGCAGCUGGUCUACAUCGGCCUGACCGGCUCGGUCACCAUGAUCACCUGCACCGUGCUGGCGCUCACCAGACUGGUCUUCGAGUUCAAAGAUCUGAUGGAUGCGGUGGUGCUGGAGCAGCUGCUUCACAACGUCAUCCUGCUCCUCAUGUCUCGAACGCGGGAGAUCGUCAAGGCGGCGCUGGGCUUCAUCAAAGUCAUCCUGUUUGUGAUGGACGUCAAGGUCCUGGCCACCCACCUGCCAGUCAUUAUGGAGGGAAUUGGGAAUAUCAAAGAUGACGUGAGGCGGCAUUUCAGAGCAAAGCUGAAGAACAUUUUCACCAAAUUCAUCCGCAAGUUUGGGUUCGAGCUGGUGAAGAGCAUGCUCCCGGAGGAGCACCACAAGGUCCUGGCCAACAUCCGCAAGGCGGAGGCCCGGACCAAGAGGCGCAGACUGGUGCAGAAGGCCGAGGACGAGGACUCUGGGAGCGAGGAAGAUGUGCCCAAAGCCAAGGGAGAGAGCAUCGAGGAGAUCUUGGCCGAGUCGGACUCGGACGACCCGGAGGACGAGAAGCCCAAGAAGGGCCAGAAGGGCGCGGUUCGGCAGAAGGGCCGGGCCUGGCUCAAAGAGGGGGUGUCCGACGAACCCCUCAACUUCCUGGACCCCAAAGUCUCUCAGAGAGUCCUGGCCACAAACCCAGACUUGAAGAAGGCCGCGAAGAUCCAGCACGGAUUCAAGGUGACGUCAGACGGGCGUUUGAUCAUUCGAGAAGAGGGAGACAAUGACGACAAAGCUAAAGGUGACGACGGAGAAAUGAAAGACAUAUUGGAGGAAGCUGGAGUCAAAAGUAAGAAGACCCAGAAAAGGAGGUUCCAAGAUGGCAACUUUGAUGAUGACUUGGACAUCGAACCUCAACUGAAGUAUAAAGCUGGUGGUUCUGGAAUCCACAGGCCUCUCUCUCAGAAAAGGAGCUUUGGGGCGGAGUUUAAAGCCAAAAAGGGCAAAGGUGACAUUAAGCAGAAGGGCAAGUGUGACCCCUACGCCUACAUCCCCCUGAGGAAAGCCCAGCUCAACCGCAGGAAGUCGGCGAAGCUGCAGGGGCAGUUUAAGGGAAUGGUGAGAGGGGCGCAGAAGGGAGCUCGGCUGGGGAAGAAGAUGCAGAAGAACAAGAGGAAAGCAUGACCCCCCCCGUACCCCCCCCCCAGCGUGCCGGCACAGUCCUCCAGGGCUGAGGUGUGUGUGUGUGUGUUUGAGUGUGUGUGAGUAUUAGCGCUGGCUAUGACAGGAAGUUACUCAGCUCUGAUAUUGUGGGACACGCCCCUUCCGGAUUCAGGAGGCCAGCGUACACCCCCCUUCCCUUACCCUCCCAACGCAGUGUUCUCUACCAGGAUGAGGGGUUUACUGUAAUCCUGAAAGAGGAAGUCUGACUCUACCUGUGUGGGUGGAGUUGGCCAAUCGAGCCAAUUUACACAUAGAACUAGUCUGAAAAUAUGCCAAUGGUUUUGUAAAGCUGUUUAACAUAACUGCUUCUAUUUAUGUAUUGUGCAAAAGAGAAAUCCAGUACAGAAAUAAAAGUUGCUGACAUAAA